AUGCUCCACUUGAAUCGUCUUCGACAGCUCACACCAAUCGGGGCACGUUCUUUCAGCGGGUCGUGUGUCAGUGCCGCUGGACACUCUAAAUGGCAAAAUAUUCGACACGAUAAGGCCAAAAAUGACGCCAAAAAAUCAAAAGACGCUCACAUGUUGGCCACAAGAAUCACCUCCAGUGUGAAACAGGGAGGUUUGGAAGGUAACUCGCAGCUUGUCACUCUUCUAGAAAAGGCAAAAAAGAUGUGUAUAACGAAAAAAAUCAUCGACAAUGCAGUGAAAAGAGGAACUGGAGAAGUGUCCAAUGAGGGUGUGCAGACCUUCGAUGUGUUGUAUGAAUUUAUGGGCGCGGGAGGUAUUGCCAUGAUUGUUGAGGCUACUACGGAUAAUAAGACCCGUACGGUCAGCCAUGUCAAACACGCGUUGUCGAAAAUCAAUGCGUCUUUGAGUCCAUGUCAGUAUAUGUUCCAGAAGAAGGGCGAGAUCAUUUUCGAGCCUCUUUCUGAAAAUGAACAAAUCGACGAUGUGUUGGAGGUGGCUAUAGAUGUUGGCGCUGAAGAUGUGGAUGAGUACGUGGAUACUGAACAGGAGUACAAUGGAGAGAGACUAUUCCGAGUUCUUACAGAGCACAACGAUUUACAUACUGUGACCAACAACUUGACCCAGCGAGGCUAUAAAUUGAAGGACAGUAAGCAUAUCUAUCUUGCAGAUGCCGACAAUCAGGUAGAUUUCCCUGAGGAGUACACUAAGGGUAUGAAGAAGUGUAUUGAGCUUCUUGACGAAACGAACGAUGUGACCAACUACUACUCAAACAUCCGUGACGAUUAG